GCGUCUUGGUGCUGAAUUGGGGAAAUCGGUUGUAUACCAAGAGACCAAUGGAGAAACAAGAGUUGAAAUAAAAGAAUCUGUUCGUGGCCAGGAUAUUUUCAUUAUACAAACAAUACCCAGAGAUGUGAAUACAGCUGUGAUGGAGCUCCUGAUCAUGGCUUAUGCACUGAAGACUUCCUGUGCCAGGAACAUCAUUGGAGUCAUCCCCUAUUUCCCAUAUAGCAAGCAAAGCAAGAUGAGGAAGAGGGGCUCCAUUGUGUGCAAGCUCCUGGCAUCCAUGUUGGCAAAAGCAGGUUUAACUCACAUUAUCACUAUGGAUCUUCACCAAAAGGAAAUACAAGGCUUUUUCAGCUUCCCUGUGGACAACCUUAGAGCCUCACCUUUCCUGCUUCAGUACAUCCAGGAAGAAAUUCCAAAUUACAGAAAUGCAGUCAUUGUAGCUAAGUCUCCUGAUGCUGCAAAAAGGGCUCAAUCCUAUGCUGAGAGGCUGCGUCUGGGGUUGGCUGUGAUCCAUGGGGAAGCUCAGUGCACAGAGCUGGAUAUGGAUGAUGGGCGUCAUUCUCCCCCAAUGGUCAAAAAUGCCACUGUGCACCCAGGCCUGGAGUUGCCAUUGAUGAUGGCCAAAGAGAAGCCACCGAUAACCGUGGUUGGAGACGUGGGAGGACGCAUCGCAAUCAUAGUGGACGACAUCAUUGAUGAUGUUGAGAGUUUCGUUGCUGCCGCGGAGAUCCUGAAAGAGAGAGGCGCUUACAAGAUCUAUGUUAUGGCUACUCACGGCAUCCUGUCUGCAGAGGCCCCCCGCCUGAUCGAGGAGUCCUCCAUCGAUGAGGUGGUGGUGACGAAUACUGUCCCUCAUGAGAUCCAGAAGCUGCAGUGUCCCAAGAUAAAGACUGUGGAUAUCAGUUUGAUUCUUUCUGAAGCAAUCCGGAGAAUCCACAAUGGGGAGUCCAUGGCUUACCUGUUCCGAAACAUCACCGUGGAUGACUAAGUUGCUGUCCACCCUCGCACUCUGAAAGAAAACAUGUACAAAGCAGUGCCGUCAGCCACACACACAGCAUUUCUUUGCAGGGAAGGACCGGAAGUAGUGUGAAGCUAGGUAGUCUUGCCAGGAUGGGUGGGGAGGGGGACUCAGUAAAGAAGACCAAGCUAGUGAUAAACGACACGGCCUUAAAUAUCCACCAUCACCAACCCUGUUCCUUCUGCAGAAGUUACAGACACGCUCCGCAAAAGAACCUGAAAAUUGUUAUAUUGAAGAGGGGUUAAAAGCAGAUAAAGUGUCAACUCUGUGAUGUUCAUUCACUCAGCUCCUGAGAAUGCAGGUGUGAUGUUGAACUCGGUCGGGAGCUGAGUGACACUGCCACUGUUUGUAUCCAGUUGUCCUCUCCCUAGUCAAGCUCAUAUAAGUCUUUUGUAGAGAAGCCUAUUUUUCUUCCAGAAUCUGCCAUGCCUACUGCCAUGGAAUAGCGAAGCAUUUGUGUUUUUGUUCCUCUCGGGGUGAGCACACUACAGCCCAUCCCUGGGUAUCUGUAUCACUCUGCAGUUGCAAAUAAAAGAGUUUGUUAUCUCCCUGGUCUCUACUACACUGCAGAGUUCCUGCUAGGCAGAUGGACUGACUCCUGUCCACACUGUGCAAAAAAUAGUGGACAAAGGGUUGCCAGAGUCCGUGGUAGGGACAGACCCCAGGCAUAAAUCUUCUGCACAAUCCCUCCCAUUCCUAAACGCUAAAGUUAAAUCCUUGUUAAAGUCCAAAUUAAAAGAAAAAGGAACCAACACUUGUUUGCCUUUAUAAUAGAUG